AAAAUUUUUAAUUAAAAAAAAAAAAAUCAAAUCAAUUCAAAUAUAUUUUUUAACGAAACACAAUUCAAGGGAGUAACAUCAUACAAAAAACGCUUUUGCGAAUUUAGCGCAAAUGAAGCCCAAUCGCAAAGAACUCAUACCAGCGCCCGUCAGUUUGAAAACAUCAUCGGUUGGCACAACAGCCACCACAUCGGUCGCACAUGACGUUCGAAAGCAGGAUGAGCAGCUGCAAAAUCUGUGUGAGAACGUCGUCAUUAUCGGUUGGCUGAGCAUUAUUGCGUCUACAACAAUGCUUCUCUGCGCAGGACUGACCAUGCAAUGGAGCAAUGAGGUGGUGCGCAGCCUGAUGUUAGCUCUUAGAAAAUCGGUGGAAACGGAGCGCACGCGCAUGAUGUUCCGAAGAGUGGUAAUGGCGGUGAGUCUCAGCGCUUACUUUCUUUCGGCCGUCAAUGUGCUCAUGAACUUGUUCCUGCUGUUUGGCGUGAAUAAGCUCAAUUACAAGCUCAUGCUGCCCUGGCUCCUAUUUCACGGCGUGCUCUUUGGAUUCUGUGCACAUCUGGCCAUUUAUAUGACCAUCACAAGCCUGCUGGUGGAUUUCAAAGCAUUCGUUGUGCUUCUCGCUUCAUUCACAAUGAUCAUACUGGUCUUCUACAAGAUAUCUUUUGAGGUAUUCCACCUUUGUAAGACGUUACGUAAGGACGGCUUGACAAAGGAUCAAAGUGUGAAAAGCGGAAUGGAAAAUCAAGCAAACUUCCUGGUUCUGCAGUCAGAAGCUUAAGAAAUCACUGGAAAUAACCGCCAUUGAGCUGUCGAAAACGCUUUUGUUGCCACUUCUAAAUUAUUGCAUUGACAAAAUUGUGGUAUUAUGGCCUCCAAGAUUAUUUGGCAAGAGAGCUCUGGAAGUUUUAUAUUUUAAAUAACUAAUAAAUAGACAACAACAAAAA